AAAGGGUUAGAAAAUGGGUAAAUUUGAAAUCUAAAGUUCAUUGUUAAUUCAUGGCAGAACAUUGAGUUUUACAUUCAAAAUGAAACAUAAUAUUGUAAAUGAUUUGCUAUUAACACUUUUAUUGGUGAUUCGUUUAGAUUACUCGGCAGCGGAAUCUUCAGAUGAUGAUUCAUUUGAUAUUGAUUCAUCUGAUCAACAAGCUUACCUUGAAACUACUAUUCGUACUUCUAUUAAGACAACUCGUGGUCCAUUUAGCUAUUGUAAUGUUUUACAAUUUGUAAAUCGAUCUUCUUGGGAAGCUGACGUACCUGAUUAUGAGUUUCCGAUGAUGGUUCCAGUGGAUAAGAUUUUCAUCGAUUAUACUUACAGCGAACGAUGUUCUAGUUUAUAUCUUUGUUCAUUCAAUCUUAAGUCAACUCAAGAAUAUCACAAAAAACAAAUUGGCUUAUUUGAUAUUGCUUACAACUUCAUGAUUGGUGAUGACAGUAAAGUUUACAUUGGACGAGAUUUCAUGGUUGCAAGAGCAUUUGAUGAUGAUUACAAUAAUAAUUCAUUGUUGAUUGGGAUAAUUGGUGAUUAUGAGAACCCAUACGGACCUUUGCCACGUUCAUUGGAUAUUAUUUACAAACUUAUUCGUUGCGGCCAAGAAAAGGGAAUAAUCACGGAUAAUAUAACGAUUUAUGAGCCUGUUCCUGAUUACUGCCAAAAAGGACCAGGUAAGAAGUUGUAUAAUUUUAUGAUUCUGAAUCGGUUGAGACCAGCCAGCUAUCGAUGUUUAAACAGUUAUCGUAAAUUUUCCCCUGAAAUUUUAAGAGACGGAUUUAAUAUAUUGAAAUACAAUAAAUACACGGAGAGCUACUUGAAUAACAGAUUGUAA